CGAUACUUAUGUACAAUCGAGUGUACCUAUCGAGCCAAUCGAAUAUCUAGACAAUUUGCUUGUGUUAUUUUUAUUAUAAAAAUGAAUAUUUUACCCAAAAAACGCUGGCAUGUGCGUACCAAGGAAAACAUUGCCCGUGUCCGUCGGGAUCAAGCGGCUGCCGCAGCGGAGGAGAAAAUCCGUCAGGACAAAUUGGAAUUCGCAGAGAGCGAGGCACGCAUUAACUUUCUGCGCCGUCAGUCGGGUCUGCCGGAGAAAGUAUCCUCCGCCAAGGAAACCCAAGAUGUGCCGGAGUCCAGUACUGAACCAACGAAAGGAGUUGAUCUCUUUGCCGACUACAAGAGCCAUGUAAAGACCACCAAUAAAGACCUAGAAAAGGAGCAGAAGGAGGAGCAGGAGAAGUACGAGAAGCAGAUUGGAUACCUCACCUACUUGGGGCAAGACACCAACGAAGCGCUCAAAGUGCGCAGCUGGUACGAGGUGGCUCCCAAACGUCCAGAAGUGGGUGAUCCCACUGUUACAGAGGCUCAUCUCAAGCAAAAGCUAGCCCACGAUCCUCUGACCCUCAUCAAUGCCCUGCUGCCGCCGGAAAAGAAGGAUGCCAAAAGCGCCACCAAGAGAAAACGUGAAAGGACACCCACUCCUCCGUCAGAACCUUUACCAUCCCAGAAGUCAAAAAAACACAAAAAGGACAAGAAGCAUAGCAAACACAAGAAGCACAAGGGUCUCAAGAGCAAAAAGGAAGCCAAGGAAAGCCUGCUGACCGCCGAACGCCAAAAACGCGAAAAGCUGGAGAGACUGAGAAAGGAGCGUUUGCGACGGGAGACAGCGGAACGUCAGCGUUCCGAGGCUCUUUUCGCGCCCAAGGAGCCGGCGGUGGCCGACAGUGCAGCAUCCACGCCAGCUCCCACGCCUAGGAUAGUCCAGAAGUAUAAUAGCCAGUUUAAUCCAGAGUUCGCCAAGCAAAACAUGGUUUAGGGUCUUGGCUUUGAAGCUCAGAUCCCUAUGAAUUUAUAAGACUUUCUUAGCAAUAGCUGAUUGUAAAAUAAUAGCUGUUACUACUAAACGAAUAUUCUUAAUAUAUUAUAAUAAUAAUAAUAACAGUUGAAAAUAUGAAGAUUAAAAAUGAAAUAUGAGAAGGAUAUUUUAAAUAAAAUACCACAGGCAAUCGAUAAACCUA